AUGAGACCUACAUCCCAUCGCCGUUCUAGGUCCACCUUUGACGAUGCCCACAACGAGCGCAAUGGCGACGCCAGCCGGAAGCGAGUGAAAGUGCGCAAGAGCGAACUAGAAGAGGAAGACAUUGAGGAAGAAUUCCAUUCCUUUGCGCCAGAGGAAAGAGAGGAGGAGCGAAGCGAAGACGGAUUACAGGCCGGAUCAGCGGCGCCUUCACGACCACCAGGAAGGCAAGCUGCCACGUCCCAGGCCGGGUUCCAGCCAGGCGCGAUCCUCCGUGUGACAGUCGAAAACUUCGUAACGUACGAGCAUGCCGAGUUUCUUCCCGGGCCGAAUCUCAACAUGGUGAUUGGGCCGAACGGCACGGGGAAGAGCUCUCUUGUUUGCGCCAUUUGUCUUGGGCUUGGAUACCCUGCAAACGUACUCGGAAGAGCAACCAAGCUCAAUGAAUUUGUGAAGCAUGGCAAGGAUGAGGCAACCAUAGAGAUCGAAUUACAAAAGAGGCCUAAAGAUGCAAGGAAUCCUGUCAUCAAGCUCCGUCUUCUCAGCACCGAAGAACAGAAACGUCAGUUCUGGCUCAAUGGCGAGCAGGUACCCCAAAGAGAUAUUCACCGCCUCAUGGGAAAGUUUCGAAUUCAGAUCGACAAUCUAUGCCAGUUUCUCCCACAAGACAAAGUUUCCGAGUUCUCUGGAGUGAACCCCGUAGAUCUGUUGACCAGGACGCUCCAGGCCACGGCGCCGCCGAAGAUCAUCGAACAGCAGAUACAACUCAGGGAGCUGUACAAGAGACAGAAAGAUUUCAAACAACAUAGCGAACAGGAUGCCGAUACCUUGAGGGUCAUGGUGACCAAACAGCAAGGCAUGCAGGCAGAUGUAGAGAGGUUGCGAGAGAGGGAGGAAAUCGAAAAGACAAUUCAUGACUGGGACCGCGCUCUAAAGCACUGUCUCUACCAAGAGGCCCGGCGCGACUACAAGGAAUCGAAAAAGAAGAAGACAGAGGCCGAAAGAAAACUCAGGCGGUUCCAAGCAGGAGCAGGGCCCGCGAUGGAGGCUGUUAAUGCCAAGCAGGAAUACGUUAGGCAAAUCAAAGAAUGCAUCCCCCAUCUCAAGCGACAAGUCGCACAAGAUGCCCAACUCGCAGAGCAGAUGGCAAAAAACAUUGAAGCCAUGGACGACAAACUGAGAGAGACCGAAGGGAAGCGCAACGCCCAGAGUGAUGGACUCGGAAACAAGAAGAGAGAGCUGGCUGUGAUCAGGAAAACGAUCACGGACCUGGAGAAUCGGCUGAAGAACCAAGAGCCCAAUUUCGACGCAGCUUCCUGGAACACAAAGAUUCGAGAGAAGGAGCACCGUUCACGAGAAAUUGAGAGUGAACGGCGUCAGAUUCAGGAGGAACUGGUCAAUACCGUGGUACCAAAGGGAAAGCAAACAUCGCGAGAGAAGUCAAAUUUGCAGAACCAGAUCAGAAGUUUAGAUACAAGAGAGGGACAGGAGCUCAGCCGUAUUGAGCACCACUUUCCGGAUGUGGCCGCUGGCUACAAAUGGCUUCUGGAACAUCAAAGUGACUUCAAAAAGGAAGUGUUUGGUCCGGCAGCCCUGAGCUGCGCCAUCAAAGACGAGACAUACUCGGACCUUGUUCAGAGUGGUCUUCAGCAGGACGACUUUCUCUGCUUCGUUGCGCAGUGCAAAGAGGAUCACACCAAGCUGAGUGAUAUCUUCUUCAAGGAAAUGAGCCUGUCUGUCAACAUCCGGACCUGCACUACACCACUGCGAAGUUUCCAACCACCUCUUAGUACCGAAAACCUGAGGAAACUUGGCUUGGAUGGAUUUGCCAUCGAUUUUGUUGACGGUCCGGAGCCCGUGCUAGCCAUGCUCUGUGCAGAUAAGCAACUGCACAAGUUCGCUGUUGGCAAACGGAGCGUAUCCGAUCAGCAGUAUGAGCGACUCAUCCAACCUGACGGCGUCGGAAGCUUUGCAGCCGGGGAGCAUUACUACAAGACGACGCGAAGGGCUGAGUACGGCCCGCAGGCUGUGUCAACCAUGACGAAUGCUAUCCGGCCAGGCCGUUUUUGGACGGACCAGCCAGUGGAUGCUGAAGAGAAGAACCGACUGAAGCAAAAGCUCAGGGAGGUGAUGGAAGAGCUGACUGCACUUUCAGAUCGGAAAAGAGAGCUGGACGCCCAGACGCAAGCUCUUGACAGCAAGCACGAUGAGAUCUCCCAAGAGCUACGCGAGCUGAGAGCUGCCAAGAGCGAGCAGCAGAGAGAGUACAACCUAUGGCGUUCUCUGCCAGACAAAAUUGCGUCUGAGAAAGAAAAGCUUGAACUCAAGAUCGAGGAGUUGCGCGAGGUGCAGUCGACCAUGCGACAGCUCGCCAGUGACAUGGAUUCACAAGCUUUGGAGAUUGCAAAAGAGGCCUUGCGCCACGAAGAGCAGCUGCCCAAGAUAGAAAAAGCCAAUCUCGCAUACAUCGACGCCCAGAUCAAACUGGCCGAGGCCGAAUCGGAUGUUGCAGCACUGAAAACAAAGAAUCAGCAAGUGCACGACCUGUUGGAGGAAGGCAAGAGAGUCAUUGUAAGGCUUGGACAGGAAGCAGAGACUCUCAAGCAACGCGGCUUGGCACUCGGGGCCGAGGUGCGAGAAUCAAUGCAGGACACCACGGAAGAAGAUCUUGCGCGGAUCAACGAAAUGCUAGGCGAGAAACCCUCAGAGGAAGUACGGAACGAGCUUCAGGCCCAAAAGUCACGUCUCGAGUAUGUCCACGCUGCGGAUCCUGGCGUCAUCCGACAAUUUGAAAUGCGUGCGAAGGAGAUUGAGAAGUUGCAGCAGACAAUGGCAAGACGACAGGGGCAGGCUGAUGAGCUUGCUGAGGAAAUUGCUCAGAUCCGUGCCGAAUGGGAGCCUCAAGUUGACGAGCUUGUCGGCCGUAUUAACGAUGCCUUCAGCUACAAUUUCGAGCAGAUCAGCUGUGCAGGCGAGAUCAGCAUCCACAAGGAUGAGGACUUUUCACAAUGGGCAAUCAACAUCAAGGUCAAGUUUCGGGAACACGAGGAACUGCAGCAGCUUGACCAACAUCGCCAAUCCGGUGGCGAGCGGUCUGUCAGCACCAUCUUCUACCUCAUGUCGCUUCAGUCGAUGGCUCAGGCGCCCUUCCGCGUCGUCGAUGAGAUAAACCAAGGCAUGGACCCGCGCAACGAGCGCAUGGUCCAUGAACGCAUGGUCGACAUUGCCUGCGACGAGCACUCUUCGCAGUACUUUUUGAUCACGCCCAAGUUGCUUACGGGUCUGCGGUACCACCCGAGGAUGAGAGUGCUGUGUAUUGCCUCAGGGCCCUAUGUUCCUGUGGACAAUAGGAAGAUGGAUUUCAAAGAGUUUGCCCGGAUCCAACGGAGGCUUAUUGCAGCCGCUUGA